AAGGGUGGAGGCCCCAUUUGGUCCGUUUAACAAUAAAUUUUGAACGCAAAUUCGUCUCUUUGUCCCACGGCAGUCUCAAUCUGAGCAGCUAAGGGAAGCACCUACACCUAUGGCUAAUGCGACUUCCAUGCUCUUGCCAGCUAUUUCGUUAGCUAUUUUUAUUGUUUAUCCAUUAUCAUUAUCAUAUUCUUCUUCAAUCCCUAAACAUAACGUCUACGCUCUUCACGCACCUUUAUGCCAUACUACACGCAUUAGCUCUCCCUAAACAACCUCCAAAUCCGAUAUCCAAGAAACCCAUUUACAAAAUAAUCCUUUACUUUGCAAUGUAAUAGUAAUUGCUAAUCAGGGUUUCAGGGCUUUUAAUGCGGAUUUCAGGGGAAUUAAUGGAAGUUUCCUUUGAUUUGAUUAUGUGACUGGAUCGACUGGCUGCUAGAGUGAGAUUGUUCCAUUGGGAGACAGAUAGUGUUGACUUCUUCUAUCGAAAUUGAUCUGUUCUCGGCCAUGGACAAUCACAGCGCUACAGAAACUAGUCCUUUUUUAAGUUUGUUUGCGGCCUUGUCGUAUGGGAUUGCUUCGAUGGCGAUGGUCUUUAUCAACAAGGCAAUUCUUAUGCAGUAUUCUCACUCAAUGACCCUGCUCACUCUGCAGCAAUUGGCAACUGCUUUGCUUAUACACUUUGGCCGGCAAAUGGGAUACACAAAAGCCAGGGGAGUAGACAUGCAAACAGCAAAGAGGCUCCUCCCAGUGUCACUAUUUUACAAUGCUAAUGUGGCAUUUGCUUUGGCAAGCUUGAAAGGAGUUAAUAUUCCUAUGUAUAUUGCAAUAAAGAGACUUACACCACUCGCUGUACUUAUUGCUGGCUUAUCUUCAGGCAAGGGAAAACCUACAGCACAGGUGACACUUUCUGUACUAUUGACUGCUGCUGGGGUUCUCAUAGCAGCACUUGGAGAUUUUUCCUUUGACCUAUUUGGAUAUAGCAUGGCCUUUACUUCUGUUUUUUUCCAGACGAUGUACCUGGUCCUGGUUGAGAGGUCUGGUGCAGAGAGUGAGCUUUCUUCAGUUGAGAUAAUGUUCUAUAACAGCUUUUUGUCUCUUCCAUUUUUAAUGUUUCUGAUCAUAGCUACAGGAGAAUUUCCAUACUCGUUGUCACUCUUAUUUGCGAAGAGUAAUUCUUUAUCAUUUUUAGUGAUUCUUAUUCUUUCAUUGGUGAUGGGAAUAGUUCUCAAUUACACCAUGUUCUUGUGUACUAUAGUCAACUCCGCUCUAACAACAACUAUUGUGGGAGUCCUCAAAGGUGUAGGGUCCACGAUGGUGUCUGAAAAUCUGAUCCAAUAAACGCAGUGAUUGGACAACGGUGUUUGGAAACGAUAGACAAGACCUUUUAUUUUUUCAGCUCAGUUUUACGGAACAUAUGGUUAGUAUAGUUGAAGGAACCAAAUCAAUGGCCCUAAGCUGAACUAUGCUAGAGAUCAGAGUACCUGUAAGCUAACAAUCCCUUUUUCUACCGGCUCGUUGAAUAGCUGUCGGGAAAAAGGUACGGUGGGUAUAUCUCAGAAUCUCAAGUAGUUUGUUCGGAAAUUCUCCUUGGUAUUAAUGGUGAUAUUUUGCACUACAUUUGAUAUUAAUUACUAGAUAACCAACAAGUAGGCAAUGGAAAGUAGGUGUGGGGCAUAAUAUAAUGCCCAUGGAUGGUUGAAGGACAUCUAUGGUUUUGCUUUUAGUAUUUUGCUUAAAUGUUUGCCUGUAUUUAUGUUGAAAACGAAAGUCAGGCCACUGGCCAAUGCAUGGCUACGAGAUGUGAUUCAUGGAUUGUUUUGGAAGUUGCGAGUGGACCUAAUACUUUUACUAUAUGGUUGGACCAUUUUGAAACUUGCAUAGUUGUUACCGUCAUUUCAAAAUUACUUGAAAGGCUUUUAUUAUUCUUCA